GUUAACAUGGUAACGACAGUGAUGAGUAUGUUCCGAUAGUUAACUAUUCAGAGAUUCGAAAUGUAAUCAUGAGUGAAGUAGUUAAUUAUCGCCAAGAAAACUAAAACGCCUAGUUAGUUUUAGUUGAACAUCAAACAAGCAUGUUUGGACAAUUGCUCAUCACAUGCAUACGAGGCCUUGUUGCUCUACUGAGUAUACAAUAUCACAUGGCCAGCGGUUGCACAAACUGUAUGACGUCAAUACCACGGACGUCUCUGAUUGGUCACGAAUUCAUGACGUUGCCCAAUACGGAUAUUCAUCAGUGUUACCAGCGCUGCAAGAGAGAGAUUCUGUGCCAGAGCCUGAACUACCUUCUGAGUAGCAACACAUGCUACUUGAAUACAAAGAUUAUCGGCGAGAAACCGGAAGAUGAAGUAAAGAACAUGGAUGCCACUUAUUUUGAGAACCCUAAAAGAGCACCAGCACCAUCUGAAUGCAUCGACUACACAGUUUUGUCGGAGCCCGAUCGUAACAUCAACUACGUCAACACGGACGACAAGUGUGACAAUUCACUAGGAACGAAGUGGUAUCGAUUCACCGGCGACGGCGGUACGAUGCUCCCUACCUACGAAGUGCCGAGGCUGCGUUGUAACUCGAGAGCUAGUGGCUACAUGAAUGGCACUCACCCCUCCCUAGAGGAAGGAAUUGUGUCGCGCAAAGUUUGUUUUCGCGAGUUUAUCGACCCAUGCAGAUCGAUUAAUAUUCGAGUAAGGAAUUGUGGACCGUAUUAUGUUUAUGAGCUCGUGAGCUCAGUAACCUGUUUUGCACGAUAUUGUACGGUCUGAAGCCCCGCAGCCACGUGUAGCCACUGACUCGCAAAUUCAGAUGAAUUAGUACGUAUUGUGUACAAGAAAAUCUAGUUCUUAAAGUUCGUUGCGAGCAUCGAAAGCCGACGAAAGCUUUUGAUCUAUACUUUCAAUUUACGGGAAACCGAUCCUUCAUAACCCAUAGACGAAGAAUGGCUUUCAAAACGAAGACAAAGAAUAUCCACUUAGCAAAACAGCAACAUUAGGAAGAUGCUUGAAUAUUUUGAUUUGAAGAGAGAACCUUCAAAGUGAUGGAUGGAUAGUGGAAACGUUAGCGCGAUUGCAGACUCUGUCAAAAUUAAUGUAUUCAAAUUUAUUGAAAUGACGUCACGGAACGCGAUUAUUGCCGGCGUUGCGUAGACGCUACGAGAGUAUAUUUUCGCGAGUCAGCGGCUGCACGUAGGCUAGAGGCCGCGAGGUAACAGCGCUCGUCUUUCACGCGAAAACGAUGAGAAAAACGGAACGACUUGGAAACGCUCUCCAGAGUGGAACCAUUUGAAAACAAUUCCCUUUCGGUGCCGUGUGUACGCGCGAACUUUUCGAAAUGGAAAACGUCAUUGAUGCAAUGUAAACAAGCAAAAUAGCGGGAAAGCGCAUGCGCUGUAGAGUUUUUUUUUUAUGUUUUCGUAUCGUUUCUAUGAUUUCGUGAAAAAAGCGACGUGUGUUCAAAUGGGUGCGUUGUCAAACUAAAACGGAUACAGGGGGACGGGGUCUCACAUUGCUGGACCAAAAAUGCUUGUGCUGCCUUUGAGAGAGUUGUGAGGCAGUUAAUUAACAUUUCUCGAGCUGUAUAAUAGUCAACCGUGCAACAAGGCGGUGCCAGAAAUGGUGGCCGUGGCUGGCGCUCGAAACACUAACAAAUCACCCGAGAUGUUAUAGGUUUGAGAAAUGAUGUGGAUAUUAUAGGUCUGAGAAAUGAUGUGGAUUAAUCAGGGAUUAUUUAUUGCAAUGCAUGACUUCUGUAAAACUUUAGUGUUGACUUUUAAAUAAAGACAAAGGUUAUAAGUC